UUUCUUACCUUUUCAGAGCGCUUAAGCAAUGUUAAUAUUGAUGUUAUUCAUCGGAUUGACAGAACUGGAAGCUAUGCUGAGGAGGUUGAAACCUACUUUUUUGAAGGACUACGGAAAUGGAGGGAAUUGAACCUCAGUCAACAUUUUAUGCAAUUCUACAGUGAAGUGGCCAACAAAUGCCAGUCCUUCAACCAGCUGGUCUAUUACCAGAAUGCCAUUGUGCUGAGCUUGAAGAUGCAUUUGCAAGUUGAAGGCAGUCUGGCUUAUCAGCCCCUGUUAGAUCUAGUGGUGCAGCUGGCUCGAGAUCUUCAGAAUGAUUUCUAUCCUCACUUUCAUGACUUUUUCCUGGCCAUCACCAAGUUACUGGAUACACAGGACACAGAGCUGCUGGAGUGGGCUUUUACCUCUCUUUCCUAUCUCUACAAAUACUUGUGGAGAUUGAUGGUGAAGGAUAUACACAACAUAUACAGCCUGUACAGCACCCUGCUGGCUCACCACAAACUCCACAUCAGAAACUUUGCUGCCGAAAGUUUUGUCUUUCUGAUGAGAAAGGUUUCUGAUAAAAGUGCAGUCUUCAAUUUAAUGUUCCAUGACCUGGGGGAGCACCCUGAGAAGGUGGAAGGUGUAGGACGGCUACUUUUUGAGAUGUGCAAGGGUGUUCGAAACAGGUUUCACUCUUGUGCAGAGAUGGCUAUGAAGUUAAUUCUGUUAAAGCUGGGGCCUAUUACUGAAGAAGAAAUUGAACUACCAUGGGUAACUGUAGGAGAAGCCUUUGAGCAGAUGAUGAGAUCAGCUGUAGUGCAUAUCCAUAAGGAGCAUUUUGAUAUUGUCUUCAAAUGCCUGGAGGCAUCACUCUUAGACUUGCAGAGGAAAAUAACGAAGGCCAACUGCUGUAUGGCUUCAGAGCAGAUGGAAAGGAUUCUGCAGGCUUAUCUGAUCCUAGUGGGCCAUGCAAAUGGAUCCAAAAUCUCAGUGCCUGAAGAUGUCUGUCAGGUUUUAAUAAAAAUGUUACAAACACCAAAUCUCUCAUCAUCUUGCUGCAAGACCCUGCUGAACACCAUUUCUGCGUUCCUGCUGGCUGAGAACGUUUUCCUGCCUGAUCCUUUGACCAAGGAAGCUAUUGAGAAGGUAUUUGCAAGUGGAUUUGAACGGCGCUUCCUAUUGGACUUCUCUGAAGCAAUGUUCACAAUGAAGCAAUUUGAGAUGCAUUUUCUUCCAUGCUUUCUACAGUACAUUGAGCACUGCUUCUCUGACACAGAUGUGCUCACAAAAGAUGAGGCGAUGGCAAUUCUGGCUAAACUCAUUCUGGUGAAAGCAGAGCCUCCUACCAUUGGUUCAAUGGCUUUUGAAAAAUAUCCUCUUGUUUUCGCUGAAUCAUCCAUCAGGCAACAAACAAAUGAAAGACAAGAAGGAAAGACAGAAGUACCAGUGUUGGAUCAUGUGCUGUCUUUAAUCCAUUUACCAGAGCAGGAAGACAUCUCUGACCUUUCACAGCCUUGGGUUGCCUUGGUUGUACUGCCACAUAUUAGACCAAUGGACAAAGAAAAUGUUCUGCCCUGUGUAACAGGUUUUGUAGACUCUCUCUUCACAGCCAUUGACAAAGGAAGCUUCUGCAAAGGAAGCCUGUUUGUGGCCUGCCAAGCUGUGAGCACUCUUCUUAGUUUGGCAGAGUCUUCUGAAAUACUCCAUUUGUUACCUGUGGAGCGUGUCAAGAGCUUGGUGACCACUUUUCCUUCAGACCCCUCUGCGUUGCUCUUGGCUGAUCUCUAUUACACAAGGCUGGCAUUGUGUGGCUGCCAGGAACCCCUUUCCCAAGGAAGCCUAAUGGACUUGUUUGAGAAGUUGCAUCCUAAUAUUUCCACUGGUAUUUCCAAGGUCCGACUGUUGACUGUUCAUAUUCUAAGCCAUUUUGAGAAUCCACCUUCUACAGAGGUUGAGACUGAUGGCACAGAGGAACUCCAGCCAAUAUUUGCCAUAUUGCUCCAAGCAGAACUUGUGCCCGCAACAGUGAAUGAUUACAGAGAGAAACUUCUCCAUCUGAGGAAACUAAGAUGUGAUAUAGUGCAGUCUGCAAUACCAAGUGGAUCUUUGCAAGAGGUGCCUCUUCGGUAUUUACUGGGAAUGCUAUAUAUUAACUUCAGCCCUCUCUGGGAGCCUGUAAUUGAACUCAUAACUUCUCAUGCAAAGGAAAUGGAGAAUAAACAGUUCUGGAAGGUCUUAUAUGAACAUUUGGAGAGGGCUGCUACCUAUGCUGAAAUGGAGCUGCAAAAUGAACUAGAUGAACAGGAGGAACACAUUGCUGAAACAGAUAGCAAGAACAUGCCAGGAGGAGAGGUGGAAAGUGUCUUCCUGGAGCAGCUGAGGACUAGAACAGAUUGCAGUGAGCGACUGGACCACACGAACUUCCGGUUUCUGCUGUGGAAAGCACUAGAUAAGUUUCCAGACAGAGUGGAACCUAGGUCGAGGGAACUUUCCCCACUUCUUUUGAGAUUUAUUAGAAACGAGUACUACCCAGCAGAUUCAUUAGUGGCUCCAUCUCAGGAUCUCAGAAAGAAAACUAGUGGUACAGUAGCAGCAAAAGUACCUGGUGAAGAGGUAAAUGAUGUUGCUAAGGAGGAGGAAGAAGGAGAAAAUGAAGAAGGGGAACUGAUUACUGUAGGACUACCAAAAAAGAAAACAAGAAGAGCUGCUGCUAAGCAACUAAUAGCCCACUUACAAGUUUUCUCUAAGUUCUCGAAUCCUCGUGCAUUGUAUCUGGAGCAGAAGUUGAAUGCAUUGUAUACCCAGUUACUGUCCCAUCAAGACCAGAAUGUGCAGAGAAUAGCUCUUGACUGUAUAAUGACAUACAAACAUCCUCAUCUACUACCAUACAGGGAGAACUUGCAAAGGCUACUGGAGGACAAGAGUUUUAAAGAAGAAAUAGUCCAUUUCAGUAUUUCUGAGGAGACUGCUGUAGUAAAAAUGGAGCAUCGACCAGAUCUCAUCCCUGUUCUCAUGAGAAUUCUCUAUGGCAGAAUGAGAAACAAAACAGGGAGCAAAACACAGGGCAAGUCUUCAGCAGGCACUCGCAUGUCCAUCGUUCUGCGAUUCCUUGCUGGCUCACUGCCGGAAGAGAUACGGAUGUUCUUGGAUCUACUCUUUGAAGCUGUGAAGCAAUUCAGUAAUGGGCCUUGCCAGACUGCAGUGCUUCGAAGUAUGUCAGAGCUGGAUUUAGCUAAAGUCCUGCCUCUUGGACGUCAGCAUAGCCUCUUCAACAGCCUUGAAGUUGUGCUGAAAAACAUGGGACAUUUGAUCCAUCAGUACCUGCCUGAAAUUCUACAGAUUCUGCUCUGCAUGACAGCUGUGGUAUCCUGCAUCCUUCAGCAAAGAGAGAAGGUCCAACCUAGGUUGAUUAAUCCACUGAAGAAUUUGAGGCGGCUUGGACUCAAGCUUGUGACAGAGUUUUUUUCUGAUUAUGAGACCUACAGCUUUAGUGUGGAAGAGAUUGAUGCAGUUUUCCAUGCAGUGGUGUGGCCUCAG